AUGGCCAGACUAACACUGCUGCUGGGCCUAAUCCUGGCCAGCUUCUGUGCGUGCCCCUCAAAUGCCGCCGAAACGGCACAGAUACUGCGAUACGAGAAUGAUGUCAACCUGGACAGCGAUGGCUAUGCCUUCUCAUUCGAGACCAGCGAUGGCAUCUCUCGCGAGGAGAGGGCCACCCUGAAAAAUCCCGGCACCCCCGAGGAGGCAAUCGCCGUCCAGGGCAGCGUCACUUGGGUGGGACCUGAUGGAGUCCACUACAAACUCAACUAUCUGGCCGAUGAGAACGGCUUCCAGGCCCAGGGCGCACAUCUUCCGCAGGUGGAGCACUGA